AUGACGACGACGACGAAGAUGAUGUGGAUUUUGCUAGUCCUUUACUUGAUUAAUGCUCUUCAUGCAUCAACAGAUCGGUCGCUUCAUCGCCAAGGUAAAUCAGGCUUGGCUUUUGUCGAUAGGCGCGGAGGUGGAGGUGGGGGUGGAGGUGGAGGUGGUCGUGGUGGUGGAGGAAGUUUUGGCGGAGGAGGAAGAGGUUUUGGUGGCGGAGGAGGUUUCGGUGGCGGAGGAGGACGUGGUUAUGGUGGCGGAGGAGGAGGACGCGGUUAUGGUGGCGGGGGAAGAGGUUAUGGUGGCAAAGGACGUGGUUAUGGUGGAGGAGAAGACGAAGAAGAAGGUGGUACUGAUGGAAGCAGAGGCGGCGGUGGAGGUUCUUAUAUGCCGGGAUACACAGGUUUUGGUAGUAACCCUACUCCGGGUCACGGUCGUCGAAGCAACAAUGGCAGCCUCCAGACAGGUUCUCAUCUCCUAUUGCUUUCCACUGUGUUAGGUUUGGUGAUUCUUUUCUGUUUCUCCUAA